UCCGGUUCGGUGUCUGCUGUUGCUGCUGCGGGUGGAGAAACGACUUGGGCUGCGCGGCACCAUGACGUCCGUGGGGACCCUCGCCUUCGACGAGUAUGGCCGCCCCUUCCUCAUCAUCAAGGACCAGGACCGCAAGUCCCGUCUUAUGGGACUCGAAGCCCUUAAGUCCCAUAUAAUGGCAGCCAAGGCUGUGGCAAAUAUCAUGAGAACUUCACUUGGACCAAAUGGGCUGGAUAAGAUGAUGGUUGACAAGGAUGGUGAUGUGACAGUCACCAACGAUGGGGCCACAGUCCUGAGCAUGAUGGAUGUUGACCACCAGAUCGCCAAGCUCAUGGUAGAGCUAUCCAAGUCCCAGGAUGACGAGAUCGGCGACGGCACCACAGGAGUGGUUGUGCUGGCAGGGGCGCUGCUGGAGGAGGCUGAGCAGCUGCUGGACCGUGGCAUCCACCCCAUCCGCAUCGCUGAUGGCUACGAGCAAGCUGCCCGCAUCGCCAUCGAGCACCUUGACCUCAUCAGCGACAGUGUUGUAGUGGAUGUGAAGAACACGGAGCCCCUCAUUCAGACGGCCAAGACCACCCUUGGCUCCAAAGUAGUGAACAGCUGUCACCGCCUGAUGGCCGAGAUUGCUGUGAACGCCGUUCUCACUGUGGCUGACAUGCAGCGACGGGACGUGGACUUCGAGCUCAUCAAAGUCGAAGGCAAAGUUGGGGGGAGGCUAGAGGACACGAAACUGAUCAAGGGCGUGAUCGUGGACAAGGACUUCAGUCACCCCCAGAUGCCCAAGAAAGUGGAGAAUGCCAAGAUCGCCAUUCUCACAUGCCCUUUUGAGCCCCCGAAACCCAAGACCAAGCAUAAGCUGGACGUCACCUCGGUGGAGGAUUAUAAGGCCCUGCAGGAGUACGAGAAGGAGAAGUUCAAGGAGAUGAUCCAACAGAUCAAAGACACAGGCGCCAACCUCGCCAUCUGCCAGUGGGGCUUCGAUGAUGAGGCGAAUCACUUGCUCCUGCAGAACGAGCUGCCUGCCAUCCGCUGGGUGGGGGGCCCAGAGAUUGAGCUGAUCGCCAUUGCCACGGGGGGCCGGAUAGUGCCUCGCUUCUCUGAGCUUACACCCGAGAAGCUGGGUUUCGCAGGGCUGGUGAAGGAAAUCUCCUUCGGGACCACCAAGGACAGGAUGCUGGUCAUCGAGCAGUGCAAGAACUCUAGGGCCGUCACCAUUUUCAUCCGCGGUGGCAACAAGAUGAUCAUCGAGGAGGCCAAGCGGUCCCUUCAUGAUGCACUGUGUGUCAUCCGCAACCUCAUCCGAGACAACCGUGUUGUGUACGGCGGAGGUGCUGCUGAGAUCUCCUGUGCCCUGGCCGUGGGCCAGGCAGCUGACAAGUGCCCAACGCUGGAGCAGUAUGCCAUGCGUGCCUUCGCAGAUGCACUAGAGGUCAUCCCCAUGGCCCUGUCAGAGAACAGCGGCAUGAACCCCAUCCAGACCAUGACAGAGGUGCGCGCCCGACAGGUGAAGGAGAUGAAUCCUGCGCUCGGCAUCGACUGUCUGCACAAGGGCACCAAUGACAUGAAGCAGCAGCAUGUCAUAGAAACACUGAUCGGCAAAAAGCAGCAGAUCUCUCUGGCCACACAGAUGGUCCGAAUGAUUCUGAAGAUCGACGACAUCAGGAAGCAUGGUGAAUCCGAGGACUAGGGUGGGGCUGAGGACCAGCUCAGUGGUUGGAGUCACUCCCUGCUGUAGUGAGUGAGUGUGAGUGUGAGUGAUUGAGUAAAUGAACGAGUGAGCGAACAUGUGGGUGUCUGUGGUAUGGUGGCUUCAGGUGCAGCGGGCUCCCUCUGAGGUGUCUCACAUGCUUCUGUCUCCUGUCAAAGGGAGCCCUUGAGGGGAUUGAAAUAGAUCUAAUUAAAAUUCUUCAUUGAGGGC